GUGUGGGUGAUGAUGAAACCCUCAUAAUGGAUCUGGAACGACAGUAUGAGAAUGCAUGUAAUGCAGUUUCUGAUGGUACUCAUGUUAUAUACACACAAAAUAUACAGAAAAUAAGGCCUUUUGACGAUUUAUUCUAUACCUCUGUGAUUGUGAAUGAUCACUUCCACUUGAACGGAAUGCUUGACACCGGCUCUAUGUCCUGUACACUAAGUGAAGCAGCCGAACAAAAGUUGCUGUCUGAAAACGCUGUUUUGGAUAAGAGAGCACUCCCGGAGAAUACUGUUCUUGUGGGUGUUGGAGGUAGGACGGCGCAACCAAAAUGUUUGUACGAAGUUAACAUGAAAGUUUAUGGCAUUUGCUGUCGAGUUCCAAUUCUUGUGGUCCCAGGUCAGCACGAUGAUUUGAUUCUUGGUACUAACUUGAUAAAACACAUCGUGAGCAAAAUGAAGAACACUGAUGAGUACUGGGAUUUCAUAUCACAGAGUCCCACACAGCUAUCACAGGAAGGGGAACACUUUUUGGAUGUGAUGUCAAAUAUCACACGCUGGCGACAUGAUGAGAUCCCUCACAAGAUUGGAACAGUAAAACUCCAGCGUGCUGUCACUCUUGCUGCUAGACAAGAACAUUUAGUGUGGGGUCGACUGCCUAGUAAGACUCCAUUGUCCCUAGGGAGCACUAUUUUGGUUGAACCAACAACUUCCAAGACUAUGCCAAGAAACAUCAUGGUUGCACGGGUGAUAACAUCUAUGUGGGGUGAUAGGUGGGUUCCUAUGAAGAUAACCAACUUAUCUGACCUACCUGUCACACUGAGAAAAAAUCGUAGACUGGCAGAUGUUUCACCUUGUCUGGCUGUCGAGGAUUUCCCCAUCUUGCAGGGCACUGGAAAGAUACAGAUGGUUAAUUCAGAGAUACAAGCGAAUACAAGUUGUACUUCAAAUUCAAAACUAAAUGAUGUUGGAUUGGAUGAAAUUGACAUCGAUCUCUGCAAAGUCACGGAUGCAUCUAAGGAGAAACUUGUUCAGUUAUUGAUCAAGUACAAUGAUGUCUUUUCUAAACAUUCGUUAGAUUGUGGCGAAGCCAAGGAAUUUGAACACUGUAUACGACUUACAGAUGAGAGGCCUUUCCGAUUACCAUAUCGUCGGAUUCCUCCUGCCCAUUACCAAAAACUGCGGCAAGCGCUAACUGAAAUGGAGGAGCAAGGGAUUAUUAGAAAAUCUGUCAGCGAAUAUGCAUCACCGUUAGUGCUUGUAUGGAAAAAAGAUGGAAGUCUUCGCAUUUGUACAGACUUUCGGUGGCUUAAUGCAAGAACGCUCAAAGAUGCUCACCAACUCCCCCAUCAGUCGGACUGCUUGGCUGCUUUAGGAGGUAAUAAUUACUUCAGUACGAUGGACCUAACCUCAGGAUUUUAUAAUUUGCCUAUGAGGGAACAGGACAAGAAGUACACCGCUUUCGUUACUCCUAUGGGGCUACAUGAGUACAACCGCAUGCCCCAGGGUUUGUGCAACAGCCCAGCUUCAUUCAUGCGGAUGAUGCUUAGCAUUUUUGGAGACAUGAACUUUAGCAGCUUACUCUGCUACUUGGAUGAUUUACUUGUAUUUGCAUCUACUGAGGAAGAAGCUUUGAACAGGCUGGAAAUAGUUUUCCACCGGCUUAGGAUGCAUCGCCUAAAGUUGAGUCCCAAGAAGUGCCAGUUCUUGCGUGAUUCAGUAAAAUUUUUAGGCCAUAUUAUUUCUGGAAGCGGCAUUUCUGUGGAUUCUGCUAAGGUAGAUGUUAUAUCUAAAAUGUCCAAGUCACAGCUCAUGGAGGAGGAUGGUUGCACUCCAUCACCAAAGAGAAUUAAGUCGUUUUUAGGAAUGAUUUUUUACUAUCAACAUUUCAUUCCUAAUUGUUCUGCGAUUGCUAAGCCCCUCUUUGCUCUAACUGCAGGUCAAAAGAGACGAGGUAAAGUGAGAUCUGGGAAGCAUGUUGGCACAUUUCGGAAGCUGAAUCCUAGUGACUGGGUAGAUGAGUGCGAUGUUGCUUUCAGCAUGCUUAAGGAGAAGUUGUUGAAAUGUGCUGUUCUAGCACACCCUGAUUUCUCAAAACCACUUAUUCUCUCUAUUGAUGCAUCUUUGGAUGGGCUUGGCGCAGUGCUUUCCCAAGUUCCAGCUGGGGAAGAAAUAGCCAGACCUAUUGCUUUCGCCAGCAAGACCUUGAGUGUGUCACAGAAAAAGUAUUCUGCUCACAGGCUUGAGUUUUUGGCUUUGAAGUGGAGCGUGUGCGAAAAGUUCAGCCAUUGGCUUAAAGGGCACACCUUUACAGUUUGGACUGACAACAAUCCGCUUACUUACAUAAUGUCAAAGCCAAAACUUGAUGCCUGUGAACAAAGGUGGGUCUCAAAGCUAGCCCCUUACUCUUUUGACAUUAAGCAUAUCGCAGGAACAAAGAAUGUGGUGGCUGACACUUUAAGUAGAGACCCGUUUGCGAGAACAGUUAGUCACAGACUCAUGAAUGAGAGCUACAACCAUCUCCUGACUGAAGCUGAUGCCGUUAAGGAAGAUGGUAUACAAGAUGCGUUUCGGUUAAAGGUUGAGUGCCACAAGUGUAAUGAUCGUGUGGAAUGUCUAUCCAGAUAUGAGCAACCAUGUGACUCAGUAGUCAUCAAGUUACUUUGCCAAGUCCAUGAUGAGUGGGAAACUGCUACAUUUACUCGUGCAGUCCAGUUGGCACAAUCUGUCUGUCAGGUUGCAGCUGCUAACCAAAUCUCUUUACUUGGAUUUUCUCAUGAUGAGUUGCAAAGGAGUCAAGAGCUUGACAGUACUAUUUCGAAAGUUCUCCCUUUAGUAAUUCGGAAAAGACUUCUCGACGAGAAAGAGACCAGUUGGAUAUCAGAGCUCUAACACUCAUAAAGCAGUGGGAUCGUCUGAAAAUCCAGGACGGGAUCUUGUAUAGAGUGACAAAGGACCCAGUAAGCAGACAGAAACGCCACCAGUAUGUUCUCCCUCAAUGUAUGAAGGAAAAAGCUUUGAGUGGUCUCCAUGAUCUUGCUGGUCACCAAGGACAGGCUAGAACAAUUCAUUUAGCAAGGCAGCGAUUUUUCUGGCCCAAGAUGGACCAUGAGAUUAAGGAGUAUGUCAAGUGUUGCAGGAGGUGUAUUCUGGCUAAAACACCUGAGCCAGCUGCUAGAGCCCCACUGGAAAGCAUAAAAACUUCUGCGCCAAUGGAGUUGGUUUGUCUUGACUUUUGGAGUGCAGAGGAUAAUAAGCAACGUUCAGUGGAUGUGUUGGUCUUGACAGAUCAUUUCACUAAGCUCGCACAUGCUUUUCCUUGCAUUAACCAAACAGCUAAGCAAGUCGCUCGGAAGUUAUGGGAUCAUGUGUUCUGUGUCUAUGGUUUCCCUGAGCGAAUCCAUACAGAUCAAGGCACAAAUUUCGAGAGCGAGCUUAUCGCUGAACUUCUGGCGCUUUCUGGUGUCUCCAAAUCUCGCACGACUGCCUAUCAUCCUAUGGGCAACGGCAUCACAGAGCGGUUUAACCGAACAUUGGGGACUAUGAUACGUUCAUUGCCCUUGAGAUCUAAGGACAAGUGGCCACAACAGAUACAGACUCUGACGUUCGCCUAUAAUUCAACAGUACAUGAAACAACAGGUUAUGCCCCUUUUCAGCUUAUGUUUGGGCGCAUACCACGGUUGCCUGUGGAUGUAAUGUUUAAACAAGUUUUAAAUGAUCCUGUAACUGUUGAUUAUAGCAACUAUGCUGCUGCAUUGAUGUCUCACCUUUCAGAAGCAGCUGAAAUUGCCCAAAAACAUGCUACACAAGAACAAAACAAACAGGCUGAGAUGUAUAACCGCAGGAUAAAAGGGGUACAUCUACACUGUGGAGACAGAGUGCUGAUUGCCAACAAAAGCGAAAGAGGCAAACGGAAGUUAGCAGAUAAAUGGGAACCUACCGUUUAUACCAUCGUGGAUAGUGACCCUAAAACACACAUAUACAAGGUGGAGGAUGAUAAAGGACUGACCAAAGUGGUUCAUCGGAACAUGCUCUUGGAUAUUAGUUUCUUACCUGUAACACUUCCAGAGGAGACAUCAGACGAAUCAGCAACUGAGGAGUGCUCAGAUGACUCAGAGUGUGAGAGCCUAUUAUCCAAUUCCACUGAUUGUCUGGAGGAUGAGACUUCUAGAAACAAAACAUAUUCAGGGGCAUUAAACAGAGAACAUUCACCAAAUUCACUGUCUGUUGACGAACCAAUACAACAAGAUGUUGAUAGUAGUGACACUUACCAUGGUGAUUCCAAUUCAGGGAGUCAAAUCCAAAUCCUUUCUGAUGAGGCUUCAAGUCCAUGUGAUUCUAACAGUGACAGUCCAUCUGCGAAUUCUGUUAUGUCCAAUCCAGACGUUGGUGAUUCAGUGAUUGUAGAUGUGUUGUCGUCAGAUCACGAACAAGGCAAAAUUACAACACGAGCUGGUAGAGUCGUAAAGAGAGUCAACCGUCUUAUAGAGACCAUGGCCCAAAAGCCAUUCAAAAUGCCAAACUUGUCGAACAGUUUUCUAAAAAAGUCUCAGUCAGUUUUAAGUUUGUUUUGAUGACACUAUAUUUUGACAAGUCUACUUUUUUUUUUUUGGUCAUUUUGGCAGAUAAUCGAUGCUGUUAAAUUGCAUAUAAGACACUUUAUGUGAGUGAGGAUUUCACACAAAUGAUUACAUGUGGUAUGGUGUAUUUGGCAACAUACUUUACUAAGAGGUUUUGAGGCCUGAUCAACCUCAAAUUCCUCUGUAUCUGUCAGGACAGAUAGCUUUCAGUGCUGUAAUUAUGAUGUUCAUGUAAUGGGAUUUCUUGAAAACUCCUCUUCAUAGAUGUGCAGAAAUUUUGAUGAAAUUAGGGGAGGUGAAUGUAACAGGUGUUAUAUUAUUUUUAUUAAUUUCACUCAAAAUUCUCCUUGUUAUUCAUCAAUUAUUUUUAUUUAAUUGUGUAUUUUCAAAGUUGUUCUUUAUAUAUCUUAUAUUUCAGAGUUAAUGAAAUCAUAGUUGUGUUUGUUUUCAAUGUGUUGGUGUAUUUUGGAAAAUUGCGCGUGGCCCCUUUAAGUGUCGUUUUCCGGUUCCGCCUGCUCUCACUCAGUUCGCGGCAAACGCGAUUGAGGAGAGGUUGGUGAGCUCCUAAGGAAGGCACAUAUACUCAGCUUUGCCAUUUGUUUGCUUUAUUCAUACAGAAUAAAAGCCUGUUAAUUCC